AUGGUGCUUCGCUCGGAAUCCCUGCGCCAACUAAAAAUCGUGACUCCGCUUCCAGCCGCUUCGCCUGCGCGCCCUUGCGCCGCAUGCGGCGUUUCCGCCUCCGCCAUCCCUCCAGCCUGCCGCUGCUUCGAGGAGGCGCAUGGAGCGGCGGCGCAGGCAGGGGAUUCGGCGGCGCCGAGCCAUCCGCGGGAGUUUAUCUUCGAGGCGUGGAUGCGCCACGUGGGGCCGUCGCUGCGCUCGCUCUCUCUCUCGCGCGCUGUACCCGUUGCUUCGUCCACGAAUUGCGGCGGCGGCGACGGGAGCGUGGUGGUGAACCUGUGGGAGGAGGAGGACGCGAGUCUGCAUCUCGCGCACAUUUCCCGCCACUGCACCAACCUGCGCUCGCUCUCAUUGGGCCACGUGUCCCUCUCCGCGCCGACCCUGCUCGCGACUCUCCAGCCCAUGCCGGCCCUGCAGCACCUCUCGCUCUCGUGGCUGCACGCUUGCCCCGCCGCACUUCACGCCGUGCUUGACGCCGCGCCGAAUCUCCGCCACCUCACGAUUUUCAUGGCGUCGGGGCUUCCGCGCCUGCAUCUGCGCCUUCCGCCGUCCCUGCAGCACCUCUCGCUCUCCUACAUCCGCGCGGACUCCGUCGCGCUUCUCUCCGCGCGCUCCCUCCAAUCCCUCUCUAUCCGCGACAUGUUUCUCCGCUCGCUCUCCAUCCGCGACUCUCCCCAUUUGCGCCAACUCUCCGUCGCGUCCGCCAACAGCCUGCUCGUCUCCGCGCCUCACUCCAGCCGACUCGCUUCAAUCGACCUCCGCGCGGGUUCGCUCAACUGGCCCGCCAUCGAAACCCUAAUUUCAACCAAUUGGGCUGCUCUCGAGUCGCUCUCCCUCGACUUUUUUGCCACCACCAACGCAUCUGGCCUGCCCUCGGUUUCUCACCGGGGAGAACUGGUUCAAUAG